AUGGAAACUCAGAAGUCUUUGCAUAAUAAGAAGCUGACCAAGAUCCCUGACAGUCCAAACCGCCUCCUACCACAACUUCCACAGAUCCGCUCCAAACCCCAGUGGCAGGAGACAGCUCCUGCCUUUGUCCUGCAGCCGCCAGUCAGAGGAGAGUCCCAUGGCUUUGGGGCGGCAGUUAGACUGUCCAGAGAUGUGCUGGGUGGAGGGUCGGGGACCAGGCGUUACCAGAGCCUGAGCAGAGGCCUGGAGGACUCCCAGAGCAGAGAGGCUGGCCUGUCAUCAGAGUCCUCCAAACAUCGCAGCAGUAGCCACACUCAGCCCAAAAAAGACCGGGAGCAGUUCCGCAGUGCCCUGGUCGGCAUAAUCCUGCAGCAUGAGUCUGCCAGUGGCAAAACCAUUGUGGAGGACAGUCAGCCCCCUACCUGUGGGUCCCCCACAGCUACAGAGAAGGAUAUCCUGAGAUAUUACUAUUACAUCCGCAAUGGGAUCGACACAGAGCAUGUGGCAGCCAUGGAGGACUCUUGGCUGGAGAAUGUUCUGGACCUGGUGCCCACUCACCUGAAGAGGCUGACUAGGACCAUAGAGCUGCUAUCAGACGAGAUGAAGGAGGACUACCUGCUCAGUGUGAAGAAAGCCAUUGUGGAUUUCGUACUUCGGGACCCGAGGGAAAACGAUGAAGACAAGGUCAAAGAUGUUCCUCCUCACAGAGUUGAAAUGGAGGUGGUCCCUAAACCAUGGAACAAAUCAUUCCUUUAUGCCCAAAAGAGGAUGAGAGACAAGCUGCAUUCCAUCAACCCCACUAUGCUAUCAGUGCUGGACCUGUGGCAUGUGUCUUUCAAGAAGAUGCGUCUCAUCGAUGUUGAGGAGUUCCAGAACAGGCAGGAGUCCAUGGAGCUCUCCAUCUUCCAGCAUCUAGUCACCAGACACAUUGAGUGUGCCAAGGACAUCCUCCUCAAAAAGUGGUUUCCCGAAGUUCAGCACAUUUACUACCAGGGGAACAAACGCAAGCUGGUCCCCAGCAACACCAACGCAGCCAAACUGCAGUCCUUCUUCAACUGUGUGGCUGCCCUGAUGGCCUCACAGCUCCAGAGUCUAGCACUGGAGUCCAUCCAGGAUUACACACACCUCAUUUCCCAGGACCCGUACUCGGUGAGGGCCUAUGAGCACCCUGGCUUUGUCCUGCGUCUGAUCCUGGAUGAGAAUGACAUCAAGUUUGAGCCUGACUUCAAAGACUUUGAGGUCAUCCUUCUCAACGUCUACGACAUCAUGCUGAAAUCCAUCAGCUUGGUGCCGCGCGUGGAGACCAAGCUCUACUCAGAAUGGCCGGGCUGCCAGAGCGGGAGCACACUCAAGCCCAUCGUCCUCCCGGAGAUCAUGCAGGCCCAGCAGGACGAGGUGAGGAGGGUAAUCUGGGAGGAGAGCGCCGGGCCUCUGGACCAUGUGCGACUCUACGACAAGUACGCUCCCCUGGUGUCCCAGCAGGCCCAGGAUGACGUGGAGCAGUUCCUCCGCGAGCAGCAUUCCUUCCCGGAGAUCAUGAUGGAGGUCACCCGUUACCAACAGCUGGCAGAUGAGAUCCAGUACAGCUCCAGCAAGGUGGUGCGCCUGGGUAUGUUUGAAGUGCACUGCCACGAACUGAUCCGUGCCCUGGUGAAGCGUGCCGAGGGACUGCGGCAACAUCUGGUCACACAUAUGUUGGAAAACCACCAGGAAAUGAACAAGAAGCUCUGUGAUGAAUUUGAGAAGAUCGCAGACAAUGCACUGAGCACCCCUCCCAACACACAGGAACUGAUGGAGCUCAAGGCGUUUGUGGACAAGGUGGAGGCUACAGAGAUGCCCCUCCUGGAGACCAAGCUGUCAGAGUCCAAGACCCGUCUGUGUUUCCUAGUGGACUAUGUCACCUUCUCCCCUGUGGACAUGCGCCUCAACCGGCAGACCUUCCAGUGGCACACACGAAUGCCCUCCAUCUUCGAGGAGCACCGGCAGAUCACCAGGGAGAAGACAGAGCAGUACCAGGGUGGCCUUAAGCUGCGGUGUGAGAGGUUUGUGGAGGAGCUAGAGAGCUAUGCCAAGCAGGCGGAGGAGUUUGUCACCUUCGGGGACCUGUCCGAGCUCAGCAAGUACCUGAAAAAGGCACAGACCCUUAACUCCAAACUGGACACCGCCAUGGAGAAGAUCGACGGCUUCAACCAGGAGGAAGAGGCCUUCAACUGGCCCGUGUCCCAGUACCCGCAGCGCAAGAAGGUCCAGGACCGCCUGCUCCCCUUCCUCCGCCUCUACGAGACAGCCUCAGAGUUCCAGAACCAGCACCGUAAAUGGGUUCACGGGCCACUGUCCGCGGUCAACCCAGACAAGGUGGAGGGCGAUGUGGGCAACUAUUGGCGUGCCCUUUACAAGCUGGAGAAGGGUUUCGGGGAUACGCCCAAGGCUCUGCACAUUGCUAGCCGUGUUAAGGCUGAGGUGGAGGCCUUUAAGGAGCACAUCCCCCUCGUACAGGUGCUGUGUAACCCGGGGCUACGUGACCGCCACUGGAACACCAUGUCAGCGGUGGUGGGCUUCCCGCUGCGUCCAGCCGAGGAAGGUGCCUGCGUGGCCCGCUUCCUUCCACUGCACCUGGAGGCCCACCUGGCCAGCUUCGAGGGCGUCAGCGAGGCGGCCAGCAAGGAGCACUCGCUGGAAAAGGCCAUGGAAAAGAUGGCCCUGGAGUGGGGCGACAUGGACUUUGCCCUGCUGCCCUACCGCGAGACUGGCACGUCCAUCCUGUCGUCGGUGGACGAAGUGCAGAUGCUGCUGGACGACCACAUUGUCAAGACGCAGACCAUGCGGGGCUCGCCCUUCAUCAAGCCCUUCGAGGCUGAGAUCAGGGAGUGGGAAGGCAAGCUUCUGCUGCUGCAGGAGAUCCUGGACGAGUGGCUGAAGGUGCAGUCCACCUGGCUCUACCUAGAGCCCAUAUUCAGCUCCCCAGACAUCAUGGCCCAAAUGCCAGAGGAGGGACGCCGCUUCACUGCCGUCGACAAGACCUGGAGGGACACCAUGAAGCAAGUCUCUCUGGACAAGCACGUGCUGGCCGUGGUGGCCAUUGACCAGAUGCUUGAGAAGCUGAAGAAGUCAAACGAGUUCCUGGAGUUGAUCCUGAAGGGCCUCAAUGAAUACCUGGAGAAGAAGCGCCUCUACUUUCCACGAUUCUUCUUCCUGUCCAACGACGAGCUGCUGGAGAUCCUCUCUGAAACCAAAGACCCCACAAGGGUUCAGCCUCAUCUGAAGAAGUGUUUCGAGGGCAUCAACGACGUGGUGUUCACAGACGUGCUGGACAUUACCCACAUGAAGAGCAGCGAGGGAGAGGUGGUGGAGCUCCUAGAUAUCAUCUCCACCUCCAAGGCCCGCGGCCAGGUGGAGAAAUGGCUCCUGGAGCUAGAGAUGGGUAUGAUCAGCUCCCUGCAUAAGGUGAUUGGGGAGGCCAUUGAGGCAUACCCCAAGGACCUGAGGAUCAACUGGGUGCGUACCUGGCCCGGCCAGACAGUGCUGUGUGUUUCCCAGGUGUACUGGACCAAAGACAUUCACGCGGCCAUCGUCUCAGGGCAGAAGGCCCUGGAUGUCUACCUGCAGCAGAACAACAGUCAGAUCGAUGACAUUGUGAUGCUGGUGCGCGGUAAGCUGUCCAAACAGAACCGGGUCACCCUGGGUGCUCUGGUGGUACAGGACGUCCACGCCCGAGAUGUGCUAGCCACACUGGUCCAGAAAGGCAUCAGGGACGAGACUGACUUUGAGUGGCUCAGUCAGCUACGCUACUACUGGGUGGAAGACCGUCUCCAGACUAAGAUGAUCAACGCCGGCCUUGCUUAUGGUUACGAGUAUCUGGGGAACACACCACGCCUGGUCAUCACUCCACUUACUGACCGUUGCUACAGAACACUGUUUGGGGCCCUGCACUUAUACUUGGGAGGGGCCCCUGAGGGCCCCGCAGGUACAGGGAAGACGGAGACGACCAAGGAUCUGGCCAAGGCUGUGGCCAAGCAAUGUGUUGUCUUCAACUGCUCCGACGGCUUGGAUUAUAUCGCCCUGGGCAAGUUCUUCAAGGGUUUGCUGUCCUGUGGAGCCUGGGCCUGCUUCGACGAGUUCAACCGCAUUGACCUGGAGGUUCUAUCAGUCGUAGCCCAGCAGAUUCUCACCAUACAGAGAGGUAUUACUUCCCAUGCUGAAAUGCUGCUGUUUGAGGGGACGGAGCUAAAACUAAACCCCUCCUGUGCUGUGUUCAUCACCAUGAACCCAGGAUACGCCGGUCGCUCUGAACUGCCAGACAACCUAAAGGCUCUCUUCAGGACGGUGGCCAUGAUGGUCCCGGACUACGCCAUGAUAUCUGAGAUUGUGCUCUACUCUUGUGGGUUUGUGACUGCCCGGCCACUGUCGGUGAAGAUCGUAGCUACCUACAGGCUGUGCUCAGAACAGCUGUCCAUGCAGCACCACUACGACUACGGCAUGAGGGCCGUCAAGUCUGUGCUGACCGCCGCCGGGAACCUGAAGCUGAAGUAUCCUGAUGAAAACGAAGACAUCCUGUUGCUUAGGUCCAUCAUUGACGUCAACCUGCCCAAGUUCCUGGCUCAUGAUCUACCGCUCUUUGGGGGCAUCACCUCUGAUCUGUUCCCCGGGGUCAAACUCCCCAAACCGGACUAUCGUCUCCUGCUGGAGGCCAUCAAAGAGAACAGCGAUAAGAUGAACCUGCAGGUGACAGACUUCUUCGCAGAGAAGAUCCUGCAGAUCUUUGAGAUGAUGAUCGUGCGCCACGGCUUUAUGCUGGUGGGGGAGCCCUUUGGUGGGAAGACGUGCGCCUACCGGGUGCUGGCAGCAGCCCUACAAGACAUCUGUGAGAAGGGUUUAAUGGAUGAAAACCGGGUCCAGAUCACAGUUAUAAAUCCCAAGUCCAUCACCAUGGGCCAGCUGUACGGUCAGUUUGACCCGGUCUCUCACGAGUGGUCGGACGGCAUCCUGGCGGUCAGCUACAGGGCCUUCGCCUGCUCUCAGAGUCCGGACAGGAAGUGGCUGAUCUUUGACGGGCCGGUGGAUGCUGUGUGGAUCGAGAACAUGAACACGGUGCUGGACGACAAUAAGAAGCUGUGCCUGAUGAGCGGAGAGAUCAUUCAGAUGUCCCCGCAGAUGAGCCUCAUCUUCGAGCCCAUGGACCUGGAGGUGGCCUCCCCAGCCACGGUGUCUCGCUGUGGCAUGAUCUACAUGGAGCCUCACAUGCUGGGCUGGCGGCCCCUCAUGUUGUCCUGGCUCAACACACUGCCCACCACAGUCAACGCCAUGCACAAGGACCUCAUCACUGGUCUCUUUGACCGGAUGCUGCCGGCCUGCCUCCAGCUGAUACGCAAGGCCACCCAGGAGCUCUCCCCGACAUCAGACACAAACCUGGUGAACUCGCUGAUGAACUUGAUGGAUUGCAUGAUGGACGAGUACAGCGAGGAGGUCAAGAUGAAGGGCAUGAAUGAGAGGGACAUCUGCUCCUGGCUAGAGGGCAUCUUCAUCUUCUGCCUGGUGUGGUCGGUGGGUGCCAGCUGUACGGAGUCCGGACGGGUGAAGUUUGACAGCCUGGUUCGAGAGAUGAUGGAGGGUGCCUUGAGCGAAGAGACACGGGCACGCCAUGGCAUCCUAGAGCAUGUGGAGUCUCCUGCCAAGCAGCUGACUGUGCCUCUGCCCACGGAGGGCACACUCUAUGAGUAUCGCUUCAUUAAAGAGGGCCCAGGGAGGUGGGAGUUGUGGACUGACGAGUUGAAGAUGGCGCCCACUAUCCCCAAGGAUGUGCAUUUCAACGAGAUCAUUGUUCCCACGGAGAACACAGUGCGCUACACAGCUCUAAUGGAGCUGCUUAUCACCCACCAGAAGCCCACCAUCUUCAUCGGCCCCACAGGCACUGGCAAAAGUGUCUACAUCAUUGACUUUCUGCUGAACCGUCUGAAUAAGGAUCUAUAUAGCCCCCUGAUGAUUAACUUCUCAGCACAGACCACAGCCGCCCAGACACAGAACAUCAUCAUGUCAAAGCUGGAUAAGCGCCGCAAAGGGGUGUACGGCCCGCCCAUGGGCAAGAGAACGGUGGUGUUUGUGGACGAUGUGAACAUGCCGGCCAGGGAGACGUACGGGGCCCAGCCCCCCGUGGAGCUGCUGCGUCAGUGGCUGGACCACUGGAACUGGUACGACAUGAAGGACUGCUCCAUGAUCAAGCUGGUGGACAUCCAGAUCAUGUGCGCCAUGGGGCCGCCCGGUGGUGGGAGAAACCCUAUCACAGCCCGCUACCUACGCCACUUAAACACGGUCACCAUCAACGACUUUGACGAGAAGACCAUGUACACAAUUUUCUCCAGAAUCAUGGACUGGCACCUCACUAUAAGGUUUGCUUUCCCCAAGCCAUUUGCAACACUGACCGCUCAGAUCAUCAAUGGCACAAUGUCUGUGUACCAGGAGGCCACCAAGAACCUGCUGCCAACCCCGGCCAAGUCCCACUACCUUUUUAACCUGCGAGACUUCUCCCGCGUCAUCCAGGGCAUCUGUCUGUCCCGACCUGAAACAGCUGAGAACCCCAGCGCCAUCAAGCGCCUCUGGGUGCAUGAGGUCCAGAGGGUGUACUACGACCGUCUAGUGCAUGACUCAGACCGGGCCUGGAUGGUGGGCUACCUCCAGGAGGUGUCCCAGUCCUACCUCAAAGAGGACUUCCACCAGCUCUUCCAGCACCUUGACCAGGACCAGGACGGGUGCGUGACGGAGGAUGACCUCCGCAGCCUCAUGUUCUGCGACUUCCACGACCCCAAGGGCGAGGACCGCAACUACCGCGAGGUGAACAACCUGGACCAGCUGCGGCAGGUGGUUGAGUCGCACCUGGAUGAGUACAACAACGUCAGCAAGGCGCCCAUGAACCUGGUGCUCUUCCGCUUCGCCAUCGAGCAUGUGUGCCGCAUCUCGCGCGUGCUCAAGCAGCCGCGCGGCCAUGCCUUGCUGGUUGGGGUGGGCGGGAGUGGGAGACAGUCUGUUACCCGGUUGGCCGCCCACAUGGCGGAGGCGGAGCUCUUCCAGGUGGAGAUUGCAAAGAGCUAUGGCAUGACGGAGUGGCGUGACGACCUCAAGCUGAUCAUGCGCAAGUCCACACAGGGCGACACGCACGGUGUCUUCCUCUUCACUGACACGCAGAUCAAGAUGGAGUCCUUCCUGGAGGACGUUAGCAACCUGCUCAACACUGGAGAGGUACCCAACUUGUUUGCGACUGACGAGAAAGCAGAGAUCUGCGAGCGCAUGCGUGUGCUUGAUCGUCAGCGGGAGCGCGACAAGCAGACGGAUGGCAGCCCGCUAUCGCUCUUCAACAUGUUCCUGGAGCGCUGCCGCUCGCAGCUGCACGUGGUGCUGGCCAUGAGCCCUAUUGGAGACACCUUCCGGAGCCGCCUAAGACGCUUCCCCGCCCUCAUCAACUGUUGCACCAUCGACUGGUUCCAGAGCUGGCCAGAGGACGCGCUGCAGGCGGUGGCCUCACGGUUCCUGGAGGACAUCGAGAUGACGGACGAGUCGCGAAUGGGCUGCAUUAACAUGUGCAAGAGCUUCCACACGUCCACCAUCGAGCUGUCGGCCUGUUUCCUGUCCGAGCUGCAACGCCAUAACUAUGUCACGCCCACCUCCUACCUGGAGCUCAUCUCUACCUUCAAGGCUCUGUUGGAGAAGAAGAGAGCAGAAGUAAUGAAGCUGAAGCGCCGCUAUGAAGUGGGCUUGGAGAAGCUGGAGUCUGCAGCUGCCCAGGUAGCCACCAUGCAGGUGGAACUGGAGGCCCUGCAGCCGCAGCUGCGUGUGGCCAGCAAGGAGGUGGAUGAGAUGAUGGUGGUGAUUGAGCACGAGUCGGUGGAGGUUGCCAAGACGGAGAAGGUGGUGAAGGUGGAUGAGGCGGUGGCCAACGAACAGGCCAUGGCGGCCAAGGCCAUCAAGGACGAGUGCGACGCCGACCUGGCCAUCGCCAUGCCCAUCCUGGAGUCAGCCCUGUCCGCUCUGGACACACUAACCAACCAGGACAUCACAGUGGUCAAGUCCAUGAAGAGCCCUCCACCGGCGGUCAAGCUGGUGAUGGAGGCCAUCUGCAUCCUGAAGGGCCUGAAGCCGGACCGCAUCCCUGACCCCUCGGGCUCCGGCAAGAAGGUGGAGGACUUCUGGGGCCCAGCCAAGAAGCUCCUUGGAGACAUGAAGUUUCUUCAGAGCCUUCACGAGUAUGACAAGGAAAACAUCCCACCCCACCUCAUCGCCAUUAUCCGCAAACAGUAUAUCACCAACCCAGACUUUGUCCCCGAGAAGAUCCGUACCGCCUCCACGGCCGCCGAGGGGCUGUGCAAGUGGGUGCGCGCCAUGGAAUCCUACGACAAAGUGGCCAAAGUGGUGGCCCCUAAGAAGGAGAAGCUAGCUCAGGCCGAGGGGGAGCUGAAGGUGGCCAUGGAGAGCCUGCGUAAAAAACAGGCUGCCCUCAAAGAGGUCCAGGACAAACUUGCAAAGCUGCAGCAGACACUGGAGGCCAACAAGAACAAGAAGGCUGACCUAGAGAAUCAGGUGAAAUUGUGCAGCAAGAAGCUGGAGAGAGCUGAGCAGCUGAUUGGUGGGCUGGGUGGCGAGAAGACUCGCUGGAGCGAGACAGCCUUUAACCUUGGGGACCUCUACACCAACCUGACAGGGGACAUCCUCAUUUCGUCAGCCAUCGUAGCCUACCUGGGGGCAUUCACCUCCAGCUAUAGACAGGCUCAGACCGAGGAGUGGAUGGAGCUGUGUAAGAGCAGAGACAUCCCGUGCUCCAGCAACAUGUCCCUGAUGAACUCGCUGGGCGAGCCGGUCAAGAUCCGCAGUUGGACCAUUGCCGGGCUGCCAUCGGACAGCUUUUCUGUAGACAAUGGCAUCAUCAUCUCCAAUGCCCGACGGUGGCCCCUGAUGAUCGACCCCCAGGGCCAGGCAAACAAGUGGGUAAAGAACAUGGAGAAGGCCAACAGUCUGCACAUCAUCAAACUGAGCGACGGAGACUUUGUGCGCACCCUGGAGAACUGCAUCCAGUUUGGCACACCAGUGCUCCUGGAGAACAUUGGUGAGGAGCUGGAUGCCAUUCUGGAGCCCCUGCUGCUGAAGCAGACCUUCAAGCAGGGCGGUGCCAUCUGCAUCCGCCUGGGAGACUCCACUAUCGAGUAUGCCCCGGACUUCCGUUUCUACAUCACCACCAAGCUCCGCAACCCCCACUACCUGCCCGAAACUUCUGUUAAGGUGACCCUACUGAACUUUAUGAUCACCCCCGAGGGCAUGCAGGACCAGCUGCUGGGCAUUGUGGUGGCCAGGGAGAGGCCUGACCUGGAGGAGGAGAAACAGGCCCUCAUAUUGCAGGGGGCCGAGAACAAGAGGCAGCUGCAGGAGAUCGAGGACAAGAUCCUGGAGGUGCUGUCCUCUUCAGAGGGCAACAUCCUGGAGGAUGAGACGGCCGUCAAGAUCCUCUCCUCUUCUAAGGUUCUGGCCAACGAGAUCUCGGAGAAGCAGGCCAUCGCCGAGGUGACGGAGGUGAAGAUCGACGAGACGCGCAUGGGUUACACUCCCAUCGCUGUGCACUCUGCCAUCCUCUUCUUCUCCAUCGCAGACUUGGCCAACAUCGAGCCCAUGUACCAGUACUCGCUCACCUGGUUCAUCAACCUCUUCAUUGCUUCCAUCGACAACUCGGACAAGAGUGACAUCCUGGACCAGAGGUUGCAGAUUCUGAGGGACCAUUUCACCUACUCUCUCUAUGUCAAUGUGUGCCGCUCGCUAUUCGAGAAAGACAAGCUGCUCUUCUCCUUCUGCCUCAACGUCAACCUGCUCAUGCACGACAAGCUGGUGGAUGAGAGCGAGUGGCGCUUCCUGCUAACAGGUGGCGUGGGCCUGGACAACCCCCACGCCAACCCUUGCACCUGGCUCCCCAAGAAGGCCUGGGAUGAGCUUUGCCGCCUCGAUGAGAUGGACUGCUUCAAGGGCCUGCGCAAGGACAUGUCCCGUAUGAAAGACGCCUGGAAGGAGGUGUACGAUAGCCCUACUCCCCACCACACACCUUUCCCAGCAGAGUGGCAGCAGAACCUUGGACAGUUUCAGAAGAUGCUGGUUAUACGCUGUCUUAGACCAGACAAGGUCAUUCCCAUGGUGCAGGAGUUUGUAUCGGACAGUCUGGGGCGUCAGUUCAUCGAGGCGCCCCCCUUCAACCUGGGGAAAGCAUUUGGGGACAGUCACUGCUGCGCCCCCCUCAUCUUCAUCCUCUCCCCCGGUUCUGACCCCAUGGCCGCCUUACUCAAGUUUGGUGAUGAGCAGGGCUUCAGUGGAAACAAGUUGACCUCUCUGUCUCUGGGCCAGGGCCAGGGCCCCAUCGCCAUGAGCUUGAUUGAGACGGGCGUGAAGGAGGGCACCUGGGUGGUCCUACAGAACUGUCACCUGGCCACCUCAUGGAUGUCCACUAUGGAGAGAGUGUGUGAGGAGCUGAACCCUGACACCACCCAUCCAGACUUCCGUCUGUGGCUGACCAGCUACCCCUCGCCCACCUUCCCUGUGGCAGUGCUUCAGAACGGGGUGAAGAUGACCAAUGAGGCGCCAAAAGGCCUCCGCGCCAACAUCGCCCGCUCCUUCCUCAUGGACCCCAUCUCCGACCCAGAGUUCUUCUCCAGCAGCAGCAAGCCGGGUGUGUUUAAGAGGCUGCUGUAUGGCCUGUGCUUCUUCCACGCGUUGAUCCAGGAGAGGAAGAAGUUUGGUCCCAUGGGCUGGAACAUUCCGUAUGAGUUCAAUGAAACCGACCUGAGGAUCUCUGUCCAGCAGCUCCAUAUGUUCCUGGAGCAGUAUGAGGAAGUGCCCUUUGAAGCCAUCCACUACAUGACUGGUGAAUGUAACUACGGUGGCCGCGUGACGGAUGACUGGGACCGGCGGACGCUGCGCACCAUCCUGACGAUCUUCUACACCCCCAAGAUUCAAGACCCUGACUACAAGUUUGACCCCAGCGGUCUGUAUUACUCACCACCAGAGGGAGACUAUAACAGUUACAUAGACUACACCAAGGCUCUGCCUCUGAAUCCGUCUCCUGAGAUUUUUGGUAUGAACGCCAACGCUGAUAUCACCAAGGACCAGUCCGAGACGCAGCUGCUCUUCGAUAGCAUUCUGCUCACACAGUCACGUUCCUCAGGCGGUGACGCCAAGUCAUCAGACGACAUGGUGUAUGACGUGGCGGCAGACGUCCUCAGCAAGCUGCCGCCCGACUUUGACAUUGAGGCAUCCAUGCGCCGCUACCCCACCAGCUACAACCAGAGCAUGAACACAGUGCUGGUGCAGGAGAUGGGCCGCUUCAACAACCUGCUCAGGAUCAUCCGAGACUCCUGCAUCAACAUCCAGAAAGCCAUCAAAGGAUUGGUGGUGAUGUCUGGUGAGCUGGAGGAGGUGGUGAACAGCAUUCUGAAAGGUCGUAUCCCUGGCAUGUGGAUAAAGAAGUCCUACCCCAGCCUCAAACCCCUGGGCAGCUACGUCAAUGACUUCCUGGAUAGGCUCAAGUUCCUACAGGACUGGUAUGAACAUGGGACCCCGGCAGUAUUCUGGAUGUCAGGCUUCUUCUUCACCCAGGCCUUCCUGACGGGAGGCCAGCAGAACUAUGCCCGCAAACACACCAUCCCCAUCGACUUGCUGGGCUUCGACUUUGAGGUGCUGGAUGACAAGGAGUAUUGCCAGCCCCCCGAAGAUGGUGUGUACAUUUAUGGGCUCUACCUUGACUGUGCACGUUGGGACAGAAAGACCAAGCUCUUGGCUGAGUCCUACCCCAAAGUGCUACACGACGCCAUGCCUGUGAUGUGGCUGAAACCAAUCAAAAGGCAGGACAUCCCCCAGCGUAUGUGCUACCUCUCCCCCGUCUACAAGACCGGCGAGCGCCGCGGCACACUCUCCACCACUGGCCACUCCACCAACUACGUAAUCGCCAUGGCGCUCAACUCGGACGUGCCCGCCGAGCACUGGAUCAGACGAGGGGUGGCGCUGCUUUGCCAGCUCAAUGCAUAGACUUCCCCCUAUGCUCUGUUUUGCACCUACUAUUUAUCCAGUUUUAUGUAAGAAGAGUUAUGAAAAGGAUGUUCUCUGGCUUGUUUUUUUUUUCACACAGUGCUUCAUGAAUGUAUUGCUGAGAAUAGUUUGUGAUGAUAUUUUACUUGGAUGGGCUACGGAAGCAUACACAAAAGCACAAGUGAUGAGGAUGAGCCCAAAACCUCAUAGAUGCAACGCCUCUAUACCCACAAGCACUGGACAUUGAACGUUUGCAUGUUUCCGUAGCCUUGUAUUACAUAAUUGAACAUCAGCCUUAAAAUCUUAAAAUUCGACACGGCUGAUUGCACAACAAUCAGAACUUUUAAAGUUCUUGAUUAGUCUGCCAACAAUGAUUGCCAUUACAUUUUCACAAUAAUUCUUGAUUUCUAAGAUGCAUCUGUACAUAGAGCAACGUUUUAGAGCAACACAACUUUCUUUAAACGAAUCAAAUUUUGUUUCAAAUUCUCCAAUGACAGAUACACACACAGAUUGUUCUUAUUCUAUCUUGUUCUGAGGGCAGCUCUGCAGAAUCAAAUGUGAUCCGAGAUGGGUCAUUCCACCACUAGAGUGCCUUUUUGCUAAGGUAAUUUGGUUAAAAAAAUCAAACGGUUCAAAUUCAUUAAAAAACAUGUUUUCCCAUCUCAAGAGUUUAAAUUAAGAAAUAUACUAUAGUAGGUGUCAAUUAAAGUAACAGGAUUGAUUUUUAAAAAAAAUCUUAAAUCAACCAUAAUUGCU